AUGGUGACCUCAGCGUCCCCUCUUCGAGUGUCUGCCGGGGGGAGUCAGCAGGGCUCGCUUUCAGCGCUGCCAAUUCGUGUCGGGCCUUCGGUGCUGGCAGGAGAUCUUUCAAAGCUGGCAUUUGAGACCCGUCGGGUGAUCCGGGCAGGCGCAGAUUACAUUCAUCUGGACAUGUUUGACGGAAACUGGGUUCAGGGGGCCUUCACUUUUGGCCCCAUGGUUGUGAAGGCUCUUCGGGAUCACGAGCCGAGGGCGUAUUUCGACGUUCACUUGUGCGUGAUGCGUCCGGAAGAGUACUUAGAAGAAAUGAAGCACAUUGGGGUCAGUCGAGUGACUUUGCAUUUCGAAGCCACCCGGGACCCCGGAGCAGCUGCCAAUCGUGCACACGGCCUCGGCCUAGAAAUAGGCUUAGCCUUAGCUCCCGAGACUCAAGUCGAUGAGAAGCUCCUUUCCAUUGCGGAGCUCUUUGAUGUGGUUCUGGUAAUGACGGUUCCACCCGGCUUCGGUGGCCAAUCCUUCAUGCCGGAGAUGCUGCCGAAGCUGCGGCAACUGCGCGAAGUUUUCCCGACCAAGGCCUUGGAGGUGGACGGAGGCGUGACGCCGACAACGGCCGCGCUGGCCGCGGCUGCGGGCGCCAAUGAGGCGGUGGCGGGGUCUUCAGUGUUCCACUCGAGGAACCUGCGCCGAGCAAUUAGGGAGCUUCGGCAUGGCUUGGAGCAAGGGCAGCAAACUUGGCAACAGAGCUGA